GAGAUUUUCAUACAUUCAGAACUCAGCAAAGACUGAACUUCCGCCAGAGUAACAGCCAGUGUUAUUGGGAACCGUGCAGUAUGACUGAGGCUUCAGAAUUCGAUGACAUGUAUACGGUUUAUGAUGCAAAUUAUCACAAUGACACCGACGCUUUUAACUACACAUAUCCAGAGGGCGUCUUGUGCGAUAGGGAAAACCCAUACUUCAAAAGUAUCUUCUUCCCCUGUGUCUACUCGCUGGUGUUUGUACUGGGGGUCGUCGGCAAUGGCCUGGUGGUGGUCAUCAUGGGCUACCACGGAAGAAUUCGCACCAUGACUGAUAAAUACAGGCUGCAUCUGUCCGCGGCGGAUUUGCUCUUCGUGCUGACCCUCCCAUUCUGGUCCAUCGAUGCCAGUCACAACUGGUACUUUGGAGAAGCGAUGUGCAAGAUCGUGCACAUCAUCUACACGGUGAAUUUGUACAGCAGCGUUCUGAUCCUGGCUUUCAUUAGCAUGGACCGCUAUUAUGCGGUCGUGCAUGCAACCAACAGUGCCGGACCGCGGAAGCUUCUGGCUGAUCGGUUAGUCUAUGUGGGCGUCUGGUUACCAGCAGUGCUCCUGACCGUGCCCGACAUCGUCUUUGCUAAAACCAGAAAUCUGGUUGAUAGGGUGGUGUGCGAGCGCAUUUACCCAGCAGAAAGUUACCAGUCUUGGUUGAUUGCUUUCCGGAUCCAAGGGAUUGCGGUGGGAUUCGCCCUGCCCGGGAUGGUCAUCCUGAUUUGUUAUUGUAUCAUCAUUUCCAAACUGUCCCGCUCCACUGGCCUUCAGAAGCGCAAAGCCUUGAAAAUCACCAUCAUCCUCAUCGUCACUUUUUUCUUCUGCUGGCUGCCUUAUUACAUCGUCAUCUCCAUUGACACUGUGAUGCUCAUGAUGGGAAGCGACUAUUCUUGCGAAUUGGAGCAAAUUGUCAUCACUUCGAUGGCAAUCACUGAAGCCAUUGCCUUCUUUCACUGUUGCCUUAAUCCCAUUUUGUACGCCUUUGUCGGGGUUAACUUCAAAAGUUACACCCGAAAAGUCUUCAGUCACUCUGAAACCAGGUGUUCUUCUCUUAAGAAACUCAAAAGCAAGGACAGGCGAGGGGCCCACCCAUCAGUUUCUACCGAGUCAGAGUCUUCCAGUCUCCAGUCAAGUUGCUAACCUAUUCCCCAGACCCACUUUGUGUAAAAUCUGCAUUAAUUGGAGUGUUUCUUUCGUAUUUUCACUACAGGCAUCCAAUUCUAAGACUGUUGUUUUAAUGUUGCAGUUGCUAUUUAUACAAUGGGUUAUUUAUGUCUCUAAAUCUUUGUAACCUUAUAAACACAUUUUAUACUAUGUAUCAUUACGUUUUUGUUCUGUAAAUGGUGGAUAAGAUAACGUGAGAACAGUGGCAAGGAAAUAAAUGUAGCUGAGCUUCGUUAAGUUUUUGGAGCACGUAUUUCUUUAUCAUUUGCAAUGAUGUAAAUAAAGCGUGGCAUUGAAUAAUAUCAUUGAUUUUUACUUUGCAUAAACAUAUCAAUAUUGAGUUUGUAUCAAAGUUUCCUAGAGGCGAAUCCGAGUGCACAUGUAUUUCCGCGAAUUAUGUAAAUAAAUGCAUUAUUUCUCAUA